AAAUCAACCUGCGCCUCCAGCUUGUUUGGCCGCAUAGAAGAUCUUUCAGGAACCAUUUAGAAAUACCGAAAUGUCAGGCGUCGUUCAGCAAGCGGCCGCCGACUCGCUUUGGGAACUCAAUUCCGAGCUAAAUUACGCCGAGCAGCUCGCUUACCACGGCGCUGUCGCGGCCGCUGCGGCUGCCGCGGCGGCGAUUUCUGCGCCUGGCGACGCCGCCAACUCAACCCCCUCAGGAAGCAACCCGCCUCCGUAUGGGAGUAGCGUUUGGGGCGACUCGCUACAAAUGGCGCACCCUCACCACCAAUUUCACCAUCAACCCCCGCACCCCGGACUGCACGGCCUACCUUGCGACAUUUGGGGUCGAGCAGUGAACCCCCCUCCGCCACCAAGAUACGGUGGUCGCUCGUGCGGUGGUUCAAGUUCGUCAAAUCCCUCAGCGUCGUCAAACCCAGGUGGCAACUCUCACUCGUCCAAAAAAACGCGACGGCGCGUGGCCACGAUGGCACAACGUCGAGCUGCCAAUAUCCGCGAGAGGCGACGCAUGUUUAACCUGAACGAAGCGUUUGACAAACUGCGCAGAAAGGUUCCAACGUUUGCAUAUGAGAAACGUCUUUCUCGCAUUGAAACUCUCCGACUCGCCAUAACAUACAUCUCGUUCAUGGCUGAGCUAUUGGCUGGUAAAACGACCGGCUCAGAUAGUGUCUCGUCCGCCUCUGGGCCACCAGGUCCGUCACUCCUCGGACAUGCUGGAUCACUGCACUGCCCCGAGUACAUUCCGUACAGUUUGCCACCACUUGGAUCAUCAUAAUCCAGCAUGCAAAAGAAAUAUCUAGUCUUCCAAUCUUAAAUUGAUUUCAAGAAAAAUUACUUUUAAUUUUAAAUGUACACCAAGUAAAAAAAUUAUAAUUUUCCUUAAGCGCAAUCAGUUUUAACUAAUAAGAAUUAAUUGUAAGUGAGCGAA